GUCUAAUGCACAUGCAAUGAUGGUGCGGAGUCUAACUUCCUGAGACGCAGAUGUCGAAUUUAGAGCGGGAGAACUGUGAAUUAUAUUGGACGGACUAUAUUCGCCGUGCUCCAUCAAUGCUUAAAGCCUCUUCUGCACUCGCACCCUCCUGGACUGUUACACGAGACAGCUCUCCGAGUCCGUGCACCGCGUCGGCGACGCUUACCGUCAAGUGGGAGUACGUUUGUACGUCUUACGUCUUGUCCGACGUCACUCUUGCGGACGGAUCUGGCUUGAAGUUGUGCACGAUGGCGAUCACCUGCCUUGCAUCCUGUCCGCUUUUUAGCUCUGUCGGGAACGAUGUCCGACAGAGUGUCUAUGUCUCUUGGGCAAUACAUGUCCUGUCACUACUCAAUCGGAAGUGUACCCAUACAGGGCUGAAGUGGACUUACGGCGACAGUAUUGAUCGUGGAGCUCGACUUUAGUAUAAAUAUCGCUACUCGGG